GAGACGCGAUCACGUGCAGACGCGCUGUUGAAGUCGAACAUUGAAGUCGAACAUUCACACGCUUGACCCUAAGUACUCUCAUCACCGUUCCCGCCCUUCUCGCCGUCGUAGGCCACGAUGAGCUCGAGUACUCCUCUCAAAGCCAAAGAUCAACUCCAGAACUCGUCUGACACGAAUACCGAAUGGAGCUCUCCAACCACGACACCGUUACGAAUUGCGAAGCGGGGCUCACCGCAGCUUCAACCGCGGGGUGUCCAACUCGCCCGCAGACAAUCCUCUAGCUAUAAUCAUUUGAAGAAAAACAAUCUUGUCACACGCUCUCCCUUUAGGUCUCACAUUCCAACCCCAGCGAAACCCUUUCCUCUUCUUGCCCCUACCCGCCGCGUUAGUGGAGAGAAGAGGGCUCGUCCGAUCUCAUUGCAUGAUCAAGCAGAGAACGAACAUCCGCUUGGCUUCAAGCGACGUCAGUCGAAAGCGUUCCAAGGGCUCCUUGAGAAGGAGCCUGUCACCAAGAGCCCAUUCAGACGCGUUCCCAGCGACGAGCCCUCCCAGCCGAUCACACCCACUUCGAACAGAAAGUACCGAAAGAAAGCCCCUACUUACGAUGAUGAUGAGGAACUUGCUCCGCCUCCACCGCCCAAGCAGGUAUUUUCACCUAGAAAUUCUCCAUCACCUUCUCGUGUUCCCAAUCCAUCGGCGUCACCUGCUCGACCAUCUCUCGUGUCGAAACGUCUCCAUGGCCCUCGUGAUGCUAGCUUAGGUCAUAGCAAUAAAAGGGCCCGACGUAAAACGGUCUCGUUUAGCGAACACUGCGAUAUCCUCACAAUCGACAACGUAGAGCUCGACGAGAACGCGUUUGAUUGGGUCACGGACGAGGACGAAGAUCAAGAUGACGUACGAUUCAUUAGUAGUAAUGACCUUGACGACAGUUAUGAUAGUUCUCAAGCCGGUGAUGAUAGUAUUACCGGCAUGGUGGAUUCCAUGUUGCAGGAUGCGGACCCUUCUACGCCGCCCCAUGAUGACCAUCCUCUUCCAGACGACCUGGAAGCAGAAGACGGUGUGCCCUAUGGUCGAACGCAUCACGCUGAGCGCGCAGUAGCAGCUCAUCAUAUGCAUGAUAUAGAAGUGGACGAACCGAUAUUCCCUCGUCCCUCCGACACGUUCUCUACGCCUCCACACUCCAGUUCAGCUACGCCGAUUGGGCCUGUUUCUCCAGGCUCGCAGAUGCCUUUGGGCCGCUCUACACAUUCCGAACGCGUGAAGGCACAUAAGGAGGAUGGCAUUGAGGAGGAUGUGCAGAUGCUUCCUCCCUCGCCUUCUCCAGCGAAACGUACAAGUACGUUGCCUCACAUGGAGAGUUUGAUGCCCAAGUUCGAGCUCGAAGUUCCCCAACCGGAUGACAAAGAAAUUUGUGAGUGGCCAAGGUUUGUGUUCUAUUGUUCACCUUUAUUUACGCCCUUUGUUCUAGCUGCUGGGGUUGAUCCUUUUGCGAUGCCACUCAUUAAGGACGAGCCGCGACCGGCUGAACUUUCUUUCGUCUCGACUGAUUCCCGGGAACCAGGAAUGGACCAUGUCAACGCGCCCGUCGGACAUUCUGAAGCCUCACGUCCUGCGCGCGACCCAUCUCCAUAUCCUUCAGAACUCCCGAUAACUUCCACGCCUCCCCUUUCGCCUCCUCGUAAUAUUCCUGAACUUGGACACCGACCUUCGAUCGAAUUUGAUCUUGACUCUCCGCCUCCACCUGGACGGCUUGGCUCUUACAAUAACGAUAGCCUCACUCGUUCGGGAUCUCCCACCCUACCCCAGCGAUUUGGUUCUCCAGGUCUCGGUAUCUCAUCUCGUAGCGGCUCUCCCCUACAAUUUUCUUCGUCUUUGCAGCAGGGCCUCGUCAAGGCCGCCAGUUCGGCUAGCUUGAACAGCCCGAACGGCAGUCCCAGUGGUCGGAGCCCCAGGAUCAGCCGCGAAGAUGUCCAAAGAAGAUUGAUGAAGAAACGCAGUGUUGACAGCCCCCUUCGGGAGGUUGUUGAUGUAGGAGACACCAUCGUCAAUCUUCAGCUUGACAAGGGCGACGACACUGACGAAGAAGACCUAGGCAGACCCGUCUCUCCGAGUGCUUCUAAAGUUCAUAUAGCAGUACCAUUGACCAGACAGAACCCCACAUACGAUGGCAUAAUAUCCAUCGACCCUGACCCCCAACCCAUAGACCCUCCUCGACCAGAUAUUCCCAUACGUUCCCAUUCUAUAGAUGGGAUACCAUCAGAGCCGGGGUUAAGUUCAAGUAAACCUUUCACUGGUCUGACCUUGGACUUCGGUUCUGGGUUUCAGUCUGGCGACAGUGGUUUGGAUAUGGGGAAUGACCUCGCGAAGUCCAUUGGCGAUGUCCCACUAGGCGAUAUGCGUAGUGCGCUAGAUAGACUCAUGGAGGACGUCGCGGGAGGAGCCACGCUCACUCCGGACGGUAAAGGUGUAAGAGGGUUGAAGGUAGAAGCGGUUACAGCAGGUGUUCAAGCUGGCCAAUUCCAAAUUCCUCCUAAUGCUGCCGACCCUUCAUUGGCUGAAGUGGAUUCUAUUAUGGAUGAUGACGAAGCAGAAGAGGAAGACUCGAUGGAUUGCGACGAACCGGAAGAACACCCAGCAGAGCGUCGCGGUCCUAAAGUUCCAGUGCUGUCCAAUCCACAAUUCGCUUUGUCCGCACCGGAACUCAGUAAACCUGCAAUAGCUCCUCCACCUCCUGCCAAAGAUGCGAUUCGCCAGCGUGAAGAACUCAUCAAGCAGAAGAAACGCGAAGCUCGACGGAGGGAGGAGGAUGAGGACAUGGGUCUCAGGACACCGCCGCGAAAUCCUCUUGGGCGACCGGCGAGACAGCGCAGUCAUAGCACUUCAGAGGCCGAUGCUUCUUUCACCAGGCAAAGUCUCGCUGCCAAACGGCGGACAAAGUCCACUACUGACGGUGGGCUGUUGGACGUCAUGCCCGUUGACGAGGAAGACCCUUUAGCUGAUAGCAUUGAUCGUGAGCUUCGCAAACUAGGAGCGUCAACUAGCAAGUACCAUGUUCGUGAACAUAGCGAAACCAUCUAUGCCUCCUCAGAUAAUGAUAGGGUAUCCCAUAUGGACGGCGCGGGUGACCUCAAUGGUGGCAAGGCUUGGAGAACCGUUAGGAGACCUUCUGAUAUGAACGAAUAUUCUAAGCAGAUCAAAGAGCUUAGGGCGAAGGAAGGUAUCGGGAAAGCUCACGGCAAGGUCUUUGUUAAAGUCCUUGGCGUCAAGAACCUCAACGUUCCAUUACCCGACAAGCCUACGGCCAUUUCGUGCACGUUGAACAAUGGUAUUCACUUUGUGACAACACCAGAAUGUCGAUUAUCACGCGACUCUCGGAUUGAGCAAGAGUUUGAACUUAUCGAGACAAACAAGCUCGAGAUCACUCUCACCUUGAAGAUUCGACGGGACCCGCAUAUAAUCGCUCAGUUCAAGGCAAACACUCCACCACCACCUCCACCAGUGCACCCACCCCCACCUGCAUCGAAGGGUGGGGGUAUGCGAAGUUUUUUCCGAGGUGCACCAAAGAAGUCACCUAAGAUUUCCACCCCUCCACCAGCAUCGCCACCAGUGCACCGUCUUCAAGAGAACUUAGCUCGCUACUUGACGCCUGACGGCACGCUUGCUCGUGCCUUCGUCAUGUUCAAGGAUAUCGCGAAACACUGCGAUACUCGCCUUUUCGAGACAAGCUUCCCAUUGAUCGGUCAGAAGCUGGAAGCCGGAAAGACGUCAAGAAGCGUGCAAGUCGGAGAGCUAGUUCUCCAAGUGUUCCGGCUGCCACCUUUACCCGGGAUACCUCCAAAUCAAUUGCCGCAGAGUUUGGAGGAAUGUCAUCGCGGCCUUCGACAUAUCAACUGGCAUAAGUUGACUUACUUUGAGGGGACUUUGACGCAAAUGGGCGGUGGCUGCACAUCAUGGCGGCGAAGACACCUUCGUGUCAUCGGUGCCAAUCUCGUAGCGUUCAAUGACGUCACCAAGCGGGCAACAGCGACCAUCGACCUGAAAAAGGCUGUCGCCGUGGAAGAUGACCAAGAGGCUCGUGAUGCUCUCAGUCCUGCGUCUGGGUCAACAGCACGAACAAGUCGCUAUAUGGACGAGUACGAAUGUCCAUAUGGUGUCGAACGGUCGUUCCGCUUGAUCUUCCCUGCUAACGAAGAGAUUCUCUUCUAUGCGGAUAGCGAUGAAGAGAAAGCUAGAUGGCUUGAAGUUUUGCGUGCGCUCGUCGGUCACAUACCUCCCAAACCCCUAUGGGCAGAGCUUAUUUGGCAGCGUCAACAAGAGCUGUCUAAACAGCAACCUGCCACAAGUUCCUCGAACUCUGCAACGUCGCCUCGUUGAUAGACUUUCACUCGCCAGUAUAUGAUUUAUGUUGUAUGUGUAUUUUUCCUCGUCGUCUAUAUUCUUCGUUUUAUUUCGUCUUCGUCGUCCACUUUCCUGCGAUUUUUUGCAUCGAUUGCACACCUCUGUACGCUAUACUCUCCAUGUCGCAAAUAAAUAUGCUACGCAGCUUCCUAUCUUGCCCAAGGUCCUAGACCUUCUCAGAAAGCCGACUAGCGACUCCUGGAUGAGCGCUAUUCCGAUAUGGUGUAACGUCCAAUAUUGGCAAAUACACAGCUGUCUUUAAC